GACGAGCAGUGCUCACAAGUAGCCGCCGCAUGCCCCUCCGUCCGUCACAGUCACGCUUUCGUCCCUUUCCCCCUUCGCGGUCCACAUUCAACAGGCUAUUUUUAUACCCGUCUACACAUGUACACAACAGUAUCAUCGUUCAAUUUUUUGUUUUUCCACAAGCACAUGAUGCGGCUUGUCGUAUCCGUGCCCGAUGGUCGUCCGUCCUACCGUUGAACGCGGUCCCCGUCACUUCUGUCCUUUUUACCCCUACACCUUAGCCAUAAGCAACGGCCAAAUAAAAAAAACCCGGUAGUAGUAGUAGCCUUUGCAAGACACCGGUGUGCCAGUGCAAUGGACACGGACGAAUUCAUAGCCGCCGACAGUUUCGUCUCUAUGGCAAAGGACACGACUUUCAACGAUCCGAAUUUCUUUGAAACUACCGUGGAACCGCUGCUGGUGGCAGGUCGCGAAGGUGACCUCUGUGAAUGGCUGAAAAAAAUCGGUCUUAUUGCCAAGGAGCAAAAAUGCCCCAACAACGAGUGCCUGACUACUGACAAAAUGCAAUGGCACCGCGCUCGUGUCGUCGACAAGUACAACUGGGUGUGUUUGGAAUGCAAGAAGAAGGUACCGGCUAGACACGCUUCAUUCUUCUCGGAUUUCAAGUGCGAACUAGGCUAUGCGCUUAAAGUAAUUGACGGUUGGUGUAGGAAUUUACCUCUUAGCGAUGUCGGUGGCGAGGGACGUACUAAAGCGAACGUAGCCAAACGAAUAUAUAACGGAUGUGUUCAAGUAGCAGAGUGGUACUUAAAAACAAAGGUCGGUGAAUUCAAACUCGGCGGAACUGAUAUCGUAGUUAUUGUAGAUGUUUUCCCAGGUGGUAAUAUGAGCCUAAACACACCAACAACUUCACAUAAUAAUAAUUUUUCUAAAAGAGUAUUGUGUAUUGCCGACACUGCACACGUACCAGUUCGAGUUUGGGCUCACCUACUAGAAGGAUCUAAUAAGGAAAACUAUAAGAUUGUUGAAAUGGUUAAAAGUCAUGUAAUGCCUGGUUCAACCAUUGUAACAAAUGAAAUGCUCUAUCCGUUAUUACGAAACUUACCUGGAAUCGGAGAGGUGAUCAGUACAGAAGCGUUAAUCAAUUUAGACAUCAACCAUGACCAGAAAUCUUUAAAAAAUUUAGAAACAAUCUGGGCUACUACUGUGGACGCAUGUAUUCAAUUACAAGACAUGUCUACAACACACGCUGAACAACAUUUAUGUGAGUUGCAGUGGAGACAAAUGUACGGUUUCAUAGCCUUUCCUUCUAUUAUUCAACAAAUUGUCGAAUACACUGCACAUCACAACCCAUUACGUACGCCUUUACCAAGCAUAUGGCCUUCUAAUUGAUAGACACAAGUACAAAUUUUAGUUAAUAUAAUUCCCACCGCUUAAUUUUUACAUAGUUUUUGUAAAGUGUUGCCAAUUAAUUUUAUUAUUAAGUUUUAUUGGGUCAGAAAUUGUAUUGUGUUCAUUCACAAUGUUAAUUUGAAAAAUGUUUUAUAGUUGAUUAUUUGCAUGAUUGUAUAAAUAUUAAAUAGACUAAUAUAGUUGACAAAUUUUUAAGAAAAAAAUAGUCAACAGGAAAAAAUAACACAUGGCAAAAUAUGAUUGUAGAUUUGGUUCAAGGUUUUAUUUUAUAAUUUAUAAAUCCCACAAAUUGUUCUUGGGAGUAAAACAAAAUGAGACUCGAUUAUGUUUACUAGUUUUAAAGGUUAAUUCUCCAGCUCUCGGCAUCUAGUUUACAUGUUUGACUGAAAAUAGUAGUGAUUUUUAUGUUUAAGACGAUAAUAAUUUUUUAGUUAUUUUAAUUGUUGUUAAUCAUAGCCUGAUUUAGCUUGUUAUUCUAACUAAGUACAUGAAUUCAUAAUUCAUUCUAGUUAGUUCUUUUAGAAAGCUUUUUUUU